AUGGACAACGACAACAACCAUACCAAUAAUCCUCCUCAGGAUGGGGACGACUUCGCGGCGUGGCAAUGGACUCAGAGUCAGCCCAUUCAGACCAACGCACCGUACUACAGCAAUAGUAUGAACAGUAUGCUGCCUGCGAGUAUUCUGCCGGCUACUGCCUUCCAUGCUGGAGCUGGAGCUCAAUGUGGUAGUCGCCCCGCGUGA